AUGGAAAUUUUCGGAAAGUGUUGCAUUUUGUUAGUUUUAGUUCUAUGUCAAGUUGCAAGUGAAGCUGUUGGCUCUUGUUUCAACGAGUCGAGUUGCGCAAAAAGUGACAAAUUUAACCAUUCUAGAGUACUUUCAAGAAGAAAAAGGUUCUUAGUGUUUCCUGAAGGAUCAUCUCUACAGCUGGUGUUCUGCGUUCAAACGGCGGCACUUAUCCCUAUAGGCUACGUGGGGCAAUUGUUCCUAUACGGGAACACGAUAGCGCUAGCGUGGGUCCUGCCUAAAGACCCCAGCUUCCUCACCAUGUUUAAAGACAAGGAUGUCUUCAGUGCCCAGAGGAGGACAGAUGACGUGAGGCAUAUUUACUACGUUGGGGAAAACGGGGAGUUUUUGAAGAAGGUUCCUUAUAAAAGGCUCGGAGGCGACGGCCGCGGCUGCUUGCUGAGACAACUAUGCGAGGCGGCGCAACCCUCAACACAGCGCACAUUCUUGACUGAAGUCUUUAGAGUACUCUUCACGUAA